AUGGGUUCUGCCUUGGUUGCGGCCGGUGGCAAUCGCGCCUUGGGAAAGCUGGGCUAUGAGGACGACGAGCCUGACAUGAGCUAUCCUUUUGCAGCAGCUCGCGGGGCUUCUGAGAAAGUAUGUCUCGAAUUCGCCAAGCAAGGUGUUCGAGCUAGUGUUGUUCGACUCCCUCCUACCACGCAUGGGCCCGGAGUUUCUGGGUUCAUGGGCCCAUUUGUGAACGUCGCACUUGAGAAAGGCGUCUCUGCAUAUGUUGGCGAUGGCAAGAAUCAUUGGUGCGCUGCUCAUCGUGACGACGCAGCUAGAUUGUACCGUCUAGCUAUCGAAAAAGCAGAGGCUGGAUCCAUUUUCCAUGCCGUUGCCGAGGAGGGCGUGACAGUCAAGGAUAUUGCCACCGAAGUUGGCAAACAAUUGAAUAUCCCUAUCCUCAGCAUUUCUCCAGAGAAGGUGCCGGAACAUUUUGGCUGGUUUCAAUUCGGAGCUAUGGCUGACAACACUGCCUCGAGUGCAAGGACCAAAGAGGUGUUGGGCUGGAACCUUACAGGACCCACGGUUCUGGAGGACAUAGAAGCUGUAGUUGACUUCGUGAAGUCUCACUCCGGCCAGUGGUAA